GCGGGGGAGUCCUGGUGGGGAGGGGGGCGUGUCUAUAGGCCGUUGUUGUUUUGCUUGUCUUCUUCUCUCCCACGUUCUGCGAUCAUCAUUAAGCUGAACUACUACUUUCGCUUUGAAAACUUUCCUCAUCUCUAGCUGCCUUAAUUAGUUCCAAUGGCGGCAGUGACAGAGAUGCUAUUUCCUUACAGAAUAAUGGCCGAAGAAAAUUCUACUUCGGAUUCUACUUCUCCGGAAGCUGAGUUGAAUCCAACAGAUGCAGUAAUAUUUGUAGGAGUCAGUCUGGCUCUGGGAAUUGCUUGUAGGCAUAUUUUGCGUGGUACCAGAGUCCCUUAUACUGUUGCUCUGCUCAUCAUUGGCAUUGGCCUUGGAUCAUUAGAAUAUAGUACUCAUCAUCAACUGGGAAAGAUUGGCAAUGGAAUUCGUAUUUGGUCAACCAUUGAUCCAGAUCUUCUGUUAGCUGUUUUCCUUCCUGCCCUCCUUUUUGAGAGCUCAUUCUCAAUGGAAGUUCACCAAAUUAAGAGGUGUAUUGUACAAAUGAUAUUACUAGCUGGUCCAGGUGUUGUUGUAUCAACCUUCUGCCUUGGAUCUGUUUUGAAGUUGACUUUUCCAUAUGGCUGGAGUUGGAAAACAUCACUAUUGCUUGGGGGACUUCUAAGUGCGACUGAUCCUGUAGCAGUUGUGGCUUUGUUGAAAGAGCUUGGUGCCAGCAAGAAAUUGAGUACAAUAAUUGAAGGGGAAUCCUUGAUGAACGACGGAACGGCAAUUGUGGUCUAUACUCUAUUUUUUCGGAUGGUCCUUGGAGAGAGCUUCAACUGGGAGUCCAUAAUCAAAUUUCUAGCACAAGUUUCUCUUGGAGCUGUAGGAAUGGGUCUUGCCUUUGGGAUAGCAUCUGUUUUGUGGCUUGGAUAUUUUAAUGAUACAGUGAUAGAGAUCACUCUAACACUGACUGUUAGCUAUGUUGCUUUCUACACUGCUCAAGAAGGUGCUGAUCUUUCUGGCGUUUUGACAGUGAUGACACUGGGGAUGUUUUACUCUGCCUUUGCGAGGACAGCUUUUAAGGGUGAUGGACAACAAAGCUUGCAUCACUUUUGGGAAAUGGUUGCUUAUAUUGCUAAUACAUUAAUUUUCAUAUUGAGUGGAGUUCUUAUAGCUGAAGGCAUCCUUAAUGGUUACAAUGUUUUUGCUGAUGGAAAAUCAUGGGCCUACCUCUUUCUUCUCUAUGCUUAUGUUCAAGCAUCUAGGUGCAUAGUAGUUGGAAUACUUUUUCCCUUCCUACGUUACUUUGGAUAUGGUUUGGAGUGGAAAGAAGCUGCAAUUCUUAUCUGGGCAGGAUUGCGAGGCGCAGUUGCCUUGUCAUUAUCAUUGUCAGUUAAGCGUUCCAGUGGCAGAUCAGCUGAGUUGAAUUCAGAUACAGGAACACUGUUUCUAUUCUUCACUGGUGGAAUUGUGUUCUUGACUCUUACUGUGAAUGGUUCGACCACUCAGUUUCUUUUACACUUCCUUGACAUGGAUAGAUUAUCUGCAGCUAAGAAACGCAUCCUUAAUUAUACAAAGUAUGAAAUGUUGAACAAAGCGUUAGAGGCUUUUGGCGAGCUUGGAGAUGAUGAGGAACUGGGACCUGCUGACUGGCCUACUGUGAAGAGGUAUAUCUCAUGCUUAAAUGACCUUGAAGAUGAACGCAUUCAUCCUCACGGUGCACCGGAUAGUGACAGUACUCUGGAUCCGAUGAAUUUGAAAGACAUAAGAAUACGCCUUUUGAAUGGUGUCCAAGCUGCUUAUUGGGAGAUGCUUGAUGAGGGCAGAAUUGCACAAGCAACAGCCAAUAUCUUAAUGGGAUCAGUGGAAGAAGCUAUAGAUUUGGCUCCACUUGAGCCUUUAUGUGAUUGGAGAGGCUUAAAACCUAAUGUUCAUUUCCCAAGUUACUACAAGUUCCUUCAAACUAGCAUGUUUCCACGGAAAUUAGUUACAUAUUUCACUGUAGAAAGAUUGGAAUCUGCGUGUUGUAUUUGUGCAGCUUUCCUUCGUGCCCACAGAAUUGCUCGGCGACAGUUGCAUGACUUUAUAGGUGACAGUGAUGUUUCAUCUAUUGUCAUCAAUGAAAGUGUUGUAGAAGGAGAAGAAGCAAGAAAGUUCCUAGAAGAUGUUCGUGUGGCAUUCCCUCAGGUUCUGCGUGUUGUGAAAACAAGGCAAGCUACAUAUUUAGUGCUAAAUCAUUUACUCGAAUAUGUUAAAGACCUUGAAAAGUCUGGAUUAUUGGAAGAGAGAGAGAUGCUGCAACUUCAUGAUGCUGUCGAGACUGAUUUAAAACUACUCAGGAAUCCCCCCUUGGUGAAGGUUCCUAAGAUGAGUGGUAUACAUCCUAUGUUGGGUGCCCUGCCACCUUCUGUCCGUGAACCACUUGCAAGCAAUAGCAAAGAAAUGAUGAAAUUGCGUGGUCUGACACUUUACAAGGAGGGCUCCAAACCAAAUGGUAUUUGGUUAGUUUCUAGUGGGGUGGUGAAGUGGGAAAGCAAGAUAAUAAGAAACAAACAUUCCUUUUACCCGACCUUUACUCAUGGAAGCACAUUGGGUCUAUACGAAGUCCUAACUGGAAGGUCAUAUAUCUGUGAUGUCAUAACAGAUUCGGUGGUUCUCUGUUUUUUCCUUGAAGGUGACAAGAUAGUGUCAUGUCUUAAGUCAGAUCCUUCAGUUGAAGACUUCCUGUGGCAGGAAAGUGCUAUUUUCCUUUCCAAACUGUUGCUUCCUCAGAUAUUUGAAAAGAUGGCAAUGCAAAAUUUAAGAGCGCUUGUUGCAGAAAGGUCGGUGAUGACUGUAUACAUAAGAGGAGAAACGAUAGAAAUACCUAAUCAUUCCAUUGGCAUUCUACUUGAAGGAUACGUUAAAACUCAAGGUCUUCAAGAGCUGGUAACAUCACCAGCAGCUCUUUUGCCUUCACAUGGGAAUCUAAGCUUCCGAAGUUUGGAAAGUUCCAGUAUAAAGAACGCAAGUUUUGCUCAUAAAGCAUCCUCUUAUAUAGUCGAAACAAGGGCAAGGGUAAUCAUGUUUGACAUUGCGGCAUUUGAAGCUGAAGCUGGUCUUUCUGGGAGGUCAAGUUCACUGUUGCCACACACAGUUGAUCAUCCUCAUAGGCCUGUAGGCAGAGAACAUAGUCGUCUUAUGAGUUGGCCUGAAAAUUUCUUCAAGCCAAAGCAACAUAAGCAAAAUUCUGAUGGCCAACAAACCAAUAGUUUGUCUGCAAGGGCAAUGCAGUUGAGCAUUUAUGGCAGCAUGGUGGAAAUCCGUUUGCCAAAAAGAAGUUUGUCAAGCAAUCUGCCCCGUCCCCCUCAUAGUUUAUCAUAUCCAAGCAUUCAACCAGAGCAGGGCCGUGCACUUGUUUCUGUGAAAUCAGAAGGAGCCGCAACUUCUAGGAAGGACCCUGAGGUGAGAGAAUUCACAGGGAAUGUUACAGAUCCCCCAGCUCAAACCACAGAACGAAGAGCAAGUUAUGCAGACGAUUCAAGUGAUGAAUCUGGUGGUGAAGAUUUUAUAGUAAGGAUUGAUUCACCAAGCACGCUGUCUUUUCGGCAGGCAUCUUGAGGGGUUAGGAGAUAAAUGGUGAGAAUCAGCUGCAGAUUAUUAUGUGUUACUGUAUUAUUCGUUCUUCCAUGUGUUUGUUUUGUAUAAAAAUAAAACCCAGAAUGUUUAUUUAGCAUGGCAAUGGAUGAGAUAAUCUUUCUGUAAGUGAUCUAAUUUAUAGAAUGUUGGUGUUUGAUCUUUUUUCUUGGU